UGCCAUAAACACGGAUACUUCCUUGUUUAAUGGUGGCCGCAUCCGGUUGGGUUACACCUGGGCGAAAACGGUCUCCUUUGCGUUAUAUUAUUCAUCAAACUUUACUUAACUUUCGGCGUAAAGCUUCUAGUUUUACCCCGAAAGAUCAAGCCGGAAGUCCUGUUUAUUAAUUUGCAUUCUGGCGCUGUUAGCUUGAGCCCGUUAUCCUGCUCCUCCGUGAAACAGCGAUGCCCGCUGCCAGAGUUUUUCUCUUCUCUUCGUAAUUCGCCUGAAAGACGGAGGCUCUUGGUUUGUCAUGACGAGCGAAGACACCGACACCAACAUGGGGGCAGUUGAUGAAACUAGUCCGGCGGAGCACGACUAUGCCCACGCCGCGGCCAAUAACUCGACAUCCACCGAGGCGACGUCCCCCUCCGUUACCCCGGCUACCGACGGCGGAGUCAUCCCGCGAGAAAGCCCAACGGCGGACGCGGGGGCGUCUGUCCCGCCGCGGACCGAAGGGGACACCCGCAAGAGCCCCGCGAGACGACGCGGCCCCCGGCGUCACAAGCAGCCGGAGGACACAACCUGCUGCACCUGCAAGGUCGCGUUCGAGCGGCGCGGCCGCGGCUUCAACCGCAGGGCGGUGUUCACCUUCACCAACCCGGAGACGGUGCACUGGGUUUUCCCGGACAGCGCGGCGCAGGACAGGUCCUUCCUGUGCGAGACGUGCGCCCAGGUCAUCAGGAACACCGGCAAACGCAAGCAGUGCAGCAAGCGCACUGUUUGGCUGAAGCCGGUGCAACAGCCGGAGGGGAAAGACAAGAAGAAGAAGAAAAAGAGAACCAUGGGCAAGAAGAGCAAAGCAGCGAUGCUGGUGAGCAAGUCCAGCUACAAGGCAGCUUUCAAAAUGCUGUGGUCCAGCAAAGGCGCCCGGAAGAACAUGAUGGAGUUCUGGACCAAACAAUUGAAACAAGAGAUGAAGGCGUUGACUCGACACACGGACAGUCCCUUCAAACAGAAGGUGUCGAGCAUGAACCCGCUGUCGUCCUUCCCCUGGCGGCGCUGCCUGAGCUGGGCCCAGGACAAAGCUCCCCUCGUGACCUCCUGCCUCACCUCCCUGUUCCCCGACAUUAACUCUCUCUUCAAGAGCAGCCACCAGAUGUCGGAGGAGAUGGCCGAGACGCUUGUGACGCGCCGGGUCGUGUUGGCGCUCUCCAUCCCGCUCUUCACCAGGAACAUCUGGAAGAACAACUUCCUGCAGGCCGCUCUUGGGGCAGAGCUCCGCAUGCAGGGGUGCUCCUGCCCCGCCCUGGACAUCCUCAACACCAUGGGACUGUGUCAGACCAGAGACACCGUCAGGUCGGUGCUGUUCAAGCUCCAAAAUGGCAAGAAGACACAAACACUGAACGGACGACAGAGGAUUCUAUUCGAGCAGAUAAAGGAAGAACAUAUGAUGUAUGUGGACGAAGGCAAUAUUGAGGAGGAGGAGGAAGUGGUGGUUGAGGAGGAGGAGGAGGAGGAGGAAGAAGAAGAAGAGGAGGAUCAGGAAGAGGGAGAAGAAGACGACGAUGACAAGGAGGGGGACGAGGACGAGGAGGAGGAGGGGGAAGACGAGGAAGGGGAGAAGGAGGUGGAUCAGGAGGAAGACGACGGCAAUAUGGAAGAGGUGGAAGAGGAGGAAGUGCAGGACGAAAUGCUGGAGGAGGCAGAGGAGGUUCAAGCAGUUGAGGAGAAGAGGGGGAGGAAGAGGAAGGAGAGAGGGAUGGUGAAGGUGAAGGAGGAAGAGGAUGGAGGGCUUGAUCAGCAGCAGAAGAAGAGGCGCGUGGUGGUGGUGAGGCUCGGCCUUCUCAAGGGCCACUCGGAGGUUGGUCGAUCCGACCUGUCGGCUCCAUGAGACUGCAUAGACCCAACGGGCCCCGCGUCCAAUCAGAGAAGGAUACAGGUCCUGUCAUCUGAUGCUGAACAGGAUUCUAGGAAUAGUUGGAGAACAAUAACUGGAGGAAAACUUACUUUAAAUUUAUAUUUUGUCAUCAAAUAAAAAAAAGCUUCAUUUUGAGGUAGAAGUGAGUGCAUUUGAUUCCAGAAAAGCCUCACAAACAUGAAGAAACACAAACAUGUGCCCUGAGACAACGCUGAUAGCUGAUUGGUCGGCAUCGUUUUUUGACCCCGAUAAAUUAGUCUCUUGUGUUGGUUGAGUCGCAAAAUUCGCAAACUUCCUCCUUUGUUCCACACAUGAUGGUAACAGCUAUUGCGCAGUUUGGUACAAAUAUUUCAGACACGAGUGACUACUGAAAUAAAUCCCACAUUUGCUGCAAAUAUAUAACCACUUCAUUUAAUUUAAGAUAAAAGGGGAAAAAAUAGGGUAAAGUGGAAAUUCUUGCAAGAUUUUCACAGCGAUGAUUUGAUCUUUCCAGAAAGAGGUUGACUGUCUUCCUAAUGUACAAAAUGCUUGUGGUAUUCAACUGAAAUAAACACAACCCUUUUAGGGUGAAAUGUUGUACGAGGGGGAGAAGAAGCCAAAUAUUUGGCUCCAGGAGCAGACCCCCAAACAGACGUCGCCAACGUGUUACGCCGCUAGACGUUUAAAUAUGUGACAGAUUAGCAGCAGGAGGCCGCUCUGUUUGUAACAUCUGCAGCUCUCAGAGGUCAGAGUUCAUCAGCUUUAUGACGUCACAGGAACACAGCGUGGUUUGAGUUCCUGACUGGAAGGAAGCUGCAUUUUGUAAAUGUUUUUGUUUUUUUUACAGAAAUCCCGUUGGGCUUAUGGUUAAAAAUAUUGCACAUAUAUCACACAAACUAUAAAGAAUAACCUUUAAAACAGGCUUCCAAAUGUCUCGCUUUCAGAAACAAAGAAUUCUUACUUCUGAAAGGGUCCAGUCAUGUAUUUCUUUUGUUUUUACAGUUGACUGCUAUUUACAAGUCUGACAACUGGUAACAACGGUAACCAUGGCGACAACUGGUAACUCCAGCAGGACAUGAACGCAGCAUGAGAGCAAUGUUAAGAAAAGCAAAUUAUUCAAUAGAUAAAUUAAUCUUUUUUUUGAUCUCGAACACCAUGAAUGUAUUUUUAAAGAUAUUUUUAAUGGUCCAUCAUUUACUAAUAAUUUAAUUGGAAGAACUUCAUAAUCCGGCAGUGGUUAUAUAGAAAAUAUAGAUUGUGUGGCAGAAUCUUUUAGUCACAGCUCAGCAGCAGCUCAAGAAGUUUGUCUCCAGAUUUAUGGAGCGCAACGUAGUUACUACCAGAUACAUCGUUUCUUUCCAUUAAAAUAAAAAGUGCUUUAAAAUCCUGUUCUUCAUUUCUUCACUGAAUAAUUCCAUUCAUUGUAAAACUGCAGAUUUCUGACUUCUGACUUUUUUGAUGAAAUUUAAUCAAGAGACGCUGUAAUAGUUAUUUUUUAAAUGUUUUGGGUUGAGGACAGACAAGUCUGAUGAAGAUUGUUAAUAGUUAAUAAACGUUUACGGCUUUA